GCGCAGAAUCCGUUUCACCAAGAUCUUGAGAAUUCGAGCAUUCUGCAUCCGGUGUGUUGAAAGUUAAAAACGAAGGCGCUCGCCAGCCAGCCAGCAAGCCGCGGUGUUGUGUGAAGAGACAGGUUUGAGGACCCCGGGGAAACGGCUUCCUCGAGUUUACUCUCUCUCACUCUCUCUACUCCCAGUUCCAUCAGUUACUGCUAUCCAACUGGAGCCAAGCAACCAGACCAGGAUAGCAUCUUCUGCCUUUAACUACUCACUACUGGCAGUACCAAUGCAAGGAAACCUCCAACACACACACACAGAGCACCCGGGGACCGGCGGAUGGAAUGUGGAAUGAACAUUAGAAGGAUGAAAGGAAGGAUGUAUUUUGCGCUUUUCUCUCUCUUUCAAGUCUUGGAGACAAUAAACGGGCAAUUCUUUCCAGGAAGUUGUUCCUUUGAAGAACACUACAGCGGCUGUGGAUACAGCGUGGCUCUCGGGACGAACGGAUUUGCGUGGGAACAAGUCAACACAUGGGAGAAGCCAAGCACGGAUGCAGCUGUCCCAACAGGUUCCUUUAUGAUGGUGAAUGGUUCAGGAAGAGCCUCUGGACAGAAAGCUCACCUGCUCUUGCCCACGCUGAAAGAGAACGACACGCACUGCAUCGACUUCCACUACUCCCUGUCCAGCAAGGACGGCUCCACCCCAGGCUCCCUGAACGCCUACGUCAAAGUGAACGGGGGCCCACAGGGGAACCCCGCGUGGAAUGCCUCCGGCAGCGUCACUGAGGGAUGGGUGAAAGCGGAACUCGCAAUCAGCACGUUUUGGCCUAACGCCUACCAGGUUAUAUUUGAAGCAGUUUCUAUGAAGAGUCACCCUGGUUACAUUGCUGUGGAUGAAGUGAGAGUCUUGGCCCAUCCUUGCAGGAAAGCGCCACAUUUCUUACGCCUUCAGAACGUGGAAGUGAACGUCGGGCAGAACGCUACCUUCCAGUGCAUUGCUGGUGGGAAAUGGUCUCAGCAUGACAAGCUGUGGCUGCAGCAAUGGAAUGGCAGAGACACGGCUCUCAUGGUGACCAGAGUAGUUAACCACCGCAGGUUCUCUGCAACGGUCAGCGUGACGGACACCUCCCAGCGCAGCGUAAGCAAGUACAGAUGCGUCAUCCGGUCAGAUGGUGGCUCAGGAGUGUCAAACUACGCGGAACUGAUUGUAAAAGCGCCCCCCACCCCCAUCGCUCCUCCCGAGCUCCUGGCUGUAGGAGCCACAUACCUGUGGAUUAAACCCAACGCCAACUCCAUCAUCGGAGAUGGACCCAUCAUUCUGAAGGAGGUGGAAUACCGGACCACCAUGGGGAACUGGGCUGAGACCCACAUCGUUGACUCCCCGACCUACAAGCUGUGGCACCUGGACCCAGACGUGGAAUACGAGAUCAAGGUCCUGCUCACUCGACCCGGGGAAGGGGGGACGGGACCACCGGGCCCUCCUCUAAUCACACGCACAAAAUGUGCCGACCCGGUCCACGGGCCGCUGAGCGUGGAAGUGGUGGAUGUCCGAGCUCGCCAGCUGACCCUGCAGUGGGAGCCCUUUGGCUACGUGGUCACCCGCUGCCACAGCUACAACCUGACAGUCCAGUACCAGUACGUGUUCAACAACCACGAGUUUGCAGCCGAGGAGCUGAUCCAGACAGCCUCGCACUACACCCUACGCGGGAUGAGGCCCUUCGUGAGCGUGCGGCUGAGGCUGGUGCUCUCCAACCCCGAAGGGAGGAAGGAGAGCGAGGAGAUUGUUAAGCAGACCGAAGAAGACGUGCCUGGGCAGAUACCUCUGGAAUCCAUCCAAGGAGGUCCUUUUGAGGAGAAGAUCUAUAUGCAGUGGAAGGCUCCGAAUGAAACCAAUGGGAUUAUCACGCUUUAUGAGAUAUCCUACAAAGCUAUUGGUUCUCUGGACCCCAGAGCAGAGCUGUCGAGCCAGCGAGGGCGAGUGUUUACAUUACAGAACGAAACCCACCAUCUGUUUGUCGGCCUGUACCCAGGAACGACCUACUCCUUCACCAUCAAAGCCAGCACAGCGAAAGGCUUCGGGUCUCCUGUCACGACACGCAUCACAACCAAAAUAUCAGCCCCAUCGAUGCCUGAGUAUGAAACCGAUGCCCCGCUGAAUGAAACUGACACGACCAUCACUGUGCUGCUGAAGCCUGCCCAGUCCAGGGGAGCCCCAGUGAGCGCUUAUCAACUGGUUGUUAAAGAAGAACGCAAGAAAAAGUCGCGGAGAGCCGCGGUCGUGAUCGAGUGCUUCGCCACUCCUGUCAGCUACAAGAACGCCUCAGCACUCGACUUGCCGCACUACUUUGCAGCUGAAAUCCCCCCUGUUAACCUCCCUGCUACUCAGCCCUUCACCGUGGGAGACAAUAAAACAUACAGCGGUUACUGGAACGCUCCGCUUUCACCCCUGAAGAGUUACAGCAUUUAUUUCCAGGCAAUAAGUAAAGCAAAUGGGGAAAUAAAAAUCAGCUGCGUCCGACUGGCUACUAAAGUGGUAAUAGGUAGGGGACAAAUAACAACGCCGUACAUACUUGUCAUCCCCAGUGAAGGAGCCUCCACCCAGAACUCGAAUGCUGUGGAGCCCGAGAGACAGGUGGACAGCACGGUGAAGAUGGCAGGAGUUAUUGCCGGGAUUCUCAUGUUUGUCAUCAUCUUGCUGGGAGUGAUGCUCACUGUGAAAAGAAGAAGAAAUGCGUAUUCCUACUCUUAUUACCUGAAACUUGCAAAAAAGCAAAAGGAGACUCAGACGACUACCCAGAGGGAGAUGGGGCCAGUCGCCACGGCUGAAAAGAGUUCCAACAAAGUCAGCACCCUCCACAAAGACGAGGCCUUCUCCUCCAGCUCCCAGGACAUCAAUGGUUUCUCCACCUCCUCUCCUUGUUCCUUUUCUGUGCAGAGUAAAACCCUUCAAAGCAAAACCCUGUUGAAUUCCUACUACUCAGAUGCCAUUCUAGUGUCACCUGACCCAGCCCCUCCUCCUGCAGCGGCUUUAGACAACAGCCACAGUGAGAUGAGUCAGCCCACCCUGACGAUCCAGACCUACCCUUACAGGGGCUGCGAGUCUGUGGAAAUGUCUUACCAAGCUGGUCAGUUUCAGCCGGCGAUCCGUGUAGCUGAUCUGCUGCAGCACAUCACCCAGAUGAAGUGUGGACAGGGAUACGGGUUUAAGGAGGAGUAUGAGGUAAGAAUGGGACUACCUGAGGGACAGGCUGCAGCGUGGGAUACUGCCAAGAAAGAGGAAAACCGCAAUAAAAACAGAUACGGGAAUAUCAUUGCAUAUGAUCAUACCAGAGUAAGACUGCAACUGCAAGACGGGGACCCACAUUCAGAUUACAUCAAUGCAAACUACAUAGAUGGUUAUCACAGGCCACGCCAUUACAUCGCUACACAAGGUCCGAUGCAGGAAACUGUGAGAGAUUUCUGGAGAAUGAUUUGGCAAGAAAAUUCAGGCAGUAUCGUCAUGGUAACCAACCUAGUGGAGGUUGGAAGGGUGAAGUGUGUGCGGUACUGGCCAGAUGAGACAGAGUUUUAUGGAGAUAUUAAAGUGACACUUAUUGAAACAGAACCACUGGCAGAAUAUGUCAUACGAACUUUCACAGUGCAAAAGAAAGGUCACCACGAGAUCCGGGAGAUUAGGCAGUUCCACUUCACCAGCUGGCCGGAUCAUGGGGUCCCCUGCUAUGCCACGGGCUUGCUGGGGUUCGUUCGGCAAGUCAAGCUCCUCAAUCCUCCUGAUGCCGGCCCCGUCGUGGUGCACUGCAGUGCUGGAGCUGGGAGGACUGGGUGCUUCAUCGCUGUUGAUAUCAUGCUGGACAUGGCAGAGAACGAAGGGGUUGUGGACAUAUUUAAUUGCAUCCGCGAGCUCCGCUCACAGAGAGUCAACAUGGUGCAGACUGAGGAGCAGUAUGUGUUUGUCCAUGACGCCAUCCUUGAGGCAUGCCUCUGUGGGAACACAGCCAUCCCAGUCUGUGAAUUCAGAGCCAUAUACUACAACAUCAGCAGGCUGGACCCACAGACCAACUCCAGCCAGAUCAAAGACGAAUUUCAGACUCUGAACAUCGUGACCCCGCGAGUGCGCCCUGAAGACUGCAGCGUUGGCCUGCUGCCCAGGAACCAUGACAAGAACCGCAGCAUGGACGUGCUGCCAGUGGACCGCUGCCUGCCCUUCCUCAUCUCCGUGGAUGGGGAGUCCAGCAACUAUAUCAAUGCAGCUCUUAUGGAUAGUCAUAAACAGCCUGCGGCCUUCAUUGUUACCCAGCACCCCUUGCCCAACACGGUAGCGGAUUUCUGGAGGCUGGUGUUCGACUACAACUGCUCGACAAUAGUGAUGCUAAACGAAAUGGAUGCUGCGCAGCUGUGUAUGCAGUACUGGCCUGAGAAAAGCUCCAGUUUCUAUGGGCCUAUCCAGGCGGAGUUUAUUUCAGCCGACAUUGACGAGGACAUUAUUAACAGGAUAUUCCGUAUCUGCAACAUGGCACGGCCCCAGGACGGUUACCGUCUCGUCCAGCACUUCCAGUUCAUCGGCUGGCCGGCAUACAGAGACACACCCCUGUCCAAGCGCUCUGUCCACCAGCUCGUCCGACGUCUCUCCAAAUGGCAGGAGCAGUACGAUGGAGGAGACGGGCGCACCGUGGUGCACUGCCUGACUGGAGGAGGACGCAGUGGCACAUUCUGUGCAAUCUGCAGCAUCAGCGAGAUGAUCCAGCAACAAAACAUUGUGGACGUGUUCCACGUGGUCAAGACAUUGAGGAACAACAAAUCCAAUAUGGUGGAAACACUGGAACAAUACAAGUUCUGCUAUGAAGUGGCUCUGGAGAACCUGAGUUCGUUCUGAACAUCCUCUCCUGGGAUUGGGGGACGGGGCACAUUUAAGCACUGAUGCCUGUAAAGUGACUGCAGGAUAAAUGCAGUAAAGAUGACUUUUGAAGAAAAAAAAUAAAAAAUUAGCAAGUCAGUGCUAGAAGCCAACCCACGUGUUUUUAUAACCAUGAGGAGUUCUACUGGAAUGCAGCUCGGGGACUCCAGGUGAAGUGUAAAGGACAGAAUGUGAAUACAAUACUCUCUUCAAUGUACAGUGUCACUGUGUGCAUCCCUGGACCCCAAUGUGAUCAUGUAUAGUCAUUUCCGUUCUAGAUCCAAGCCCUGAAUGUCAUCCUGUCAGUGUAACGAUCGUACUGGAAGGCUCCAAGUUCCCAGGUGGACUUCCCUUUGCUGGUCUUGCAUUCCAUGCAACAAACUUGGAAUUAUACCGACAACUAAACAGUGCAGAAGCCAGAUCUUUUGUACUGGAAUUUGCCCAUCCUACCAGGAAACAGACUGACUAUUGACAGUUUUAUAUAUAUAUAUAUAUAUAUAUAUAUAUAUAUAUAUAUAUAUAUAUAUAUAUAUAUAUAUAUAUAUAUGUUACUGUUGUUGCUUUAUGUCCCCAUUACUGUGUAGACAAUCAACAUCUAGAAUAUCUUGUGUUGUUUUUUUUUACUUUGUCAGACCUGCUAAUCUGGUGAUUUCGAGGGGCCUCGAGAUUUGUAUCAUGUGUAGAUACCUAGACUGAUGCGCCUGGAGUUGUUUGUGAAACCAGCCUGAGGUCUGGGGUAAAACCAGCCUGACAUAUUUGAUAAACAGAAGGCUUCUGGUGAUCAGAUAAAUCCUUUUGAGAAAUGUGUUGAAAUGAACGUGUCCUCUCCUCUCAGCUUGUCUUGAUUCCUAUGUUUUCUUUUUGAUAUGUGAGCACCUUAAACGUGCAAAGCUCUUUCUUCAACUCAUGAUCAGUGGAUAUUUCAGACAUAUAACCCUAUUUUUCUGUAUUAAAGUCAGUGCCAUAUUGAAAUGUCAGUAGUAGAGGCUUGGUUUUUCAAACUGAACGCGAUGCUGUCUGCACCAGCAGCAAGUCAAAUACAGAAACAUCAAUAUGUAUAUAGAAAGACAGGGAACAAACUCCAUAGUUCUGAAUGCAUGUCAUACAAAAGCACUCUGGCUGAGUCAUCUUGCUCGAAAUAGCAUGUCUGUUUAUCUUUUCUUACAUUUUCUAUCCCCGCAACAAAUUUUGUCUGCUACAACAAAACACUUGAGCUUAAUUGAAUUUCUCAAAUAUGACGCAGCCGGCAAUUGGAGUAAGUAAAAUGCACUUGUUUCAAACCUCAAAUUUUUAUAAAGCUUUUAGGUUUUUCAUUAACUAUAAUAAUAAAAAAAAAAAAAAAAAAAGUUUUUUUUUUUUUAUUUGCAAUGACAGGACCACAAUGUCUCAUAAAUAAAAAUCCCUUAAUAAAAGUAGCCUGUUACUUAACACACACACACAGAGCUGCAUUCAAGAGGUCUAGCAGACGACUGUCUUGAAAUGCCUCCAAAACAAAACUGUAAGGCAGAACUGACUUAAGAGGUUGUGAAGGAGGUGCAACUUCCUUCUACAUCACAUGCUGUGAUUUUAACACAUUUCAGUGCACACAUCAUUAAGUGGGGUUAAGUAAUGAAAGUACCUUUGGACACCCUUAUAUGAGUUUACCACAGUGAAUUUGCACAAUCAUUUUGCAAGCCCCUCCCCCCGAUUUUCUUGUGGUUGUACUAUGCAUUUGUCACAUGGUUUGCCUCUUUGGGCUUUGCAAUUUUUACCAAUGCUUCACCAUGCUCCACCUAUUUACAAUGCAGUGCUAUGCUUUUGUUAGCAUAAACUUUUAAAAAGAGCUCUCAUAUCUACAGCAAACUGAGGGUGGGUCUGGAUACCAUGACAAAUUAAAAAGCAUUUGCUAACCUGGAUGUAGCAUCUUCUGUAGGGUUAUUCAAAGUCCUUUUCAAGCAGCCACUGUCCUGGUAUCUUUCGGUAAACAGCCUGUUUAACCCUGAAGUAAGUCACCACAGGGAAUCAGCUUUCAUGCUGCUGUUCUGGGAUGUCUUCCCCUAUUUUCAGAUUUUUGUUUUAUUUUAUUGAGCCUUCAGAGUAACACAGGGCCCUGUUGAGAAAGCAGAGAGCUGGCCACUGCCAAUUUCGAGAAUUUCAAAUCAGGUUAGGUUUCUUGUUGGAUGUGACAAGAAGCCUUUCCUUUCUAUACUGUAUUCUCUCCCUGUGCUUAAAAAUCUUGUCUACAGAUUUGCUGAAAACGAGAAGACAGAGCACCAGAAUCAUUGGCACUUAGGUAGAUUAGAAGUGAUGACAUUAAACUGUCACAGCUGUCUAAAUGUAUCUAUUGACAAGGUUUUCAUUAGAAUGGUGUUAGCAAGUGUUGUACUAUCAAGGGGGGUCUGCUGUAGUUUUGUGCAGAGGAGUCUGUUCUUUAUGUAACGUUACGUUUUAUGACAUUUGAGAAGCCUGCGUAGAGUUGUAAGCAAAGAACUCUGCUCUCAAGGACCCCAGCCUCAAAUUCAACCAGAGUAAAAAAACAAAAAAACCUCUCUUCCAGUGUUUAUAUGGGCACGUAUGGAAGAUGCAAAUGCAGGAUGACCUCAUAUGAGGAUGCAUGAAGGGGUUAAUGGGGAAUGUUUAGAUUUAUAAAAACAUGCAAAGAAAAUACUACUGUAAAUAUACUGUAGAAAUACUACUGGAACACUGGGCAGCCUUUGAUGUUUUCCAGUUUAUCUGUUUCUUCGUUUCUAGUUGAACUAAUGAGAGUAAUAAAAUGAAGGUUAAUCAAUAUAAAUGUAUUUUUUUUUUCUACGUGAAAGUAACGUUUUUUUUUUUUUUUUAACUGCAACUCCACUUAAUUUAUUCUUGCAACCCCCCCCCACGCGCCCCAAUAAAUAGUUUGUUUUGGUGCAA